UAACCGACAGGUAGAACAGAUUUGAGGGGCUGAAUGGCCUCCUCUUGCUCCAGUCUUUGAGGGAACACUUGAAGGUUGCCCAGGAGUUCAGGGUCUACCAGUCUGGGAUAAAUCUGGCUGGCAUAAAAUUGGUGCAACCUGCCAACGAAAUAUCCGUGUAGUGGAGAGUGUGGGCUGGACCGGAACAUGGGUGUAUUUACUUUCAGUUUCACUUUCUCAGAGACUCUAACGAAUGGAGAGGAACUCGCCUGACCAGAGUCCAGCAGAACUGAGCCCGGUGGUCAGAUUCCCGCUUCAAUCGCCACUAUUCAAUCGCAGGUUUUAAUUCAGAGAAACCAGGAGCCGCCUGAAUCUCCCUUCAACCUCUCGAUCCAGUCUGACCACACUGUCAAUACGCUGAGUUUAACAAGCUCCUGGUGUGACAAGUCUGAAAUAGCGCGUUUCCACCAUGGCGGAAAAGGCAUCUGAGGAGAGUCUAGAGUCUGAAAAACUGGAGUGUGGAGUUUGUUGUAAACAGUUCGACAGACCCAAGCUACUCCCAUGUCUGCACAGCAUUUGCCAGGAGUGCCUGCAGAAUGAGUGGGCAGGUCAAAGUGCUUCCACCUGUCCUGUCUGCAGUGCUCCCACAGACGGAGAUGUCACCAACUUACAGGACAACACAUUUGUAACAAACCUGCUGAGCAAGCUGCAGUUAAGGAGGAGGAUUGGAAUGGGAUUGGAUAUCCAGUGUAGCCUGUGCCAGGCCUGUGGGGAUGACAGGCCUGCCACUUCCCUGUGCUUCGAGUGUGACCAGUUCUUGUGCCUGAGAUGUUGCCUUUCCCACCAGCUGUUGACGGAGAGGUACGGGCACUUGGUGAAGACCCUGGAUGAUCUGAGGAUGCUUGGCUGUGAAGACUUUGUUACUUUGGCAAGAAACGGCAAACAGACGAUUUGUCCAGUCCACAAGGAGCAGCACAUUAGGUUUUUCUGUAAGACAUGUUCCAUGAGCAUUUGCUGCAAUUGCCUGCUGCUUUAUCACAUCCCCCCAGAGCACUGUUACCACAACAUUAAGCAGGAGGUCGCUCUGAAGAAGGAAGAGUUGAAACAAAUGAUGGACACAAUCCAAGAAAAUCACCAUAAAUUCACUGUAAGGAUCACACAACUGAAAUUCCUGCAGGAAGGCCUGGAUGUUGCGCAAAAUAACGUGGAAGCGUUAAUACGACAGAAGGCUUCUGCUGUGAUACAAGAGAUCAGUAAGCAAGGGGAGGCAUUGCUGAGGGAGCUGGAAACCAAGUGUAAUGUGGAGGAGAGCAGAUUGGCUGAGAGCCUGAAACAAACCAAACAAAUGAUUGACAGAAUGGGAGCUGGGAAAGAACUAGCAGGAAAAAUGCUGAAGUUUGGCACCAAUGAGGAGAUGAUGGAAAUGUACAAAACAAUCAGAUCAGCACUAACAGCCUUAGUGGCAGAGACACCUGUGGAUGUGAGUAAGGAAGCUACUUUGAUAAAGCUUAUUGAAUGUACAUUGGAAACACCGAAUCUACUCAGAGCUCUCAUCACCAAGAAAGAGCAGAAUGAGGAAGUUGGCGAUUCUGAAGAUGAGGAGAUUCUACUGGACAUGGCUUCACAUGAGCACUGCGAGAGAUCUUCAACAGGAGAGGGCUCAGCCAACCCCGAGAUCCUUCCAGCAGGGAACGAGAUUGUCCCCCCUCCGUUGCUCAGGGCAACCGUGGAUGGCACUGAUGAGGCUGAGUUUGAAGAUGUGGUGUCACCAUCCAGCUGUUACCCAGAACCAAGUGGCAUAAUGAACUCUUGCGGAGUGCCAUUCACACAUGUGUUAGAGCAGUUGGAGUGGGCAGGAGAGGAAGUAAUGAGAUCUGAGCAGCCUUUGAGUCCAUGUCCUGGCUUCAGUGGAUGGACAAGGGAUAUGUGUCCAAGCGGACCUUCAUUCCAAUGCGAGUCAAUGCAGAAGCACAAGAAAGUUCCAAAGAAAGAGCGAGGCAGAAGGCCUGGGUCAGCGGAGGACAAAAAUAUGAGUUUCAAAAAAAGGUGCCUGCUCUCUGAACACAAUUAUCAUACGGAGCUAACCUCUGACAGCCAACCCAAGCUCCUGUCGCAGAACAACACUGAUGUGAUCGCGCUGAACAUUUCUACUGAAAUCAAUAAUGAGGACUUCUGGCGACUGCCAGCAGAGGAUAUGAUAAAAAUAUCACCUGAAAACAGUGAGGACAAUGGGGUCCCCAGCAAGUUUGUAUUAUCACCCCUGACUGAAGUGCAGAAAGAGACAUCCUCUGCGGUGAUGAAUACCGAGAGCAUUGUGCCACCGUCUGAUCCCGUGGGUCCAAACAUGUCUAACUGGAGCAGUGGAGAUCGGUAUCAAGAUAAGGCAGCAGGAGUUCAGCUCAGUCAGGAGCUGGGUGGAAAUCCACUGGUGUUCUUCCAACUGCAGACCACAGGAAUGGAAAGUAGCGAUAUUGUGCAGCUGUCAGCAGUGAGCGGUGAGAAGAUCUUCGACAAGUACAUCCUGCCCAGUAAUCCGAUAUCGGCAGGAGCAGCAGCUGUUACUGGGAUACAAAUCAUGGAUGGAAUCUUGUACCUGAGAGGAGAGCCUCAGCCUACCUGCAGCCUCCAGGAGGCCAUGGCAGCUUUCUUCCAGUUCCUGCAGUCGCUGGACAGGCCUCUGUUAGCAGGCCACAACAUCUGGUUCCGUGACUGUCAAAUUAUUUACAAGGCAUGGGGCGACCUCUUCAUGAAAGAUCAGUUUGCCAGAUGUGUAACUGGAUUCCUGGAUAUGUUAUGGCUAGCCAAGGAUAUUGUUCCUAGGUCAGAGGUCAGGAACUAUAAGCUGAAACAUUUAGUCACGGCCUAUGUUGGGGAAUCAUUUCUUGCAGAUAGGGCUCUAAACAAUGUGAGAGCCUUGCAGGAGUUGUACUGUGUUCUAAAUCCCACUCCCGGGCAUAUACGGAGCAAUCGAUUUUCCUUCUCUCAGCUUGAGUGCAGAGUAACCCUGCAGCCGCUCUUUGACCAAGAAGUGAUAUGCCGUGCAGUUGCUGAUAAACUUGCUUUCAAGGGAAUCAGCCUAAUUAUCCUGCAGCUAGCUCACCAUAAUGACCCACAGUCCGGCGUCCGUAAUCUGAUCAGUACUAGUGACAACCUAGGACUUGCAAAUCCCCAGUUGGUCACUAAUAGCAUCCGGUUGUACUUAGACUCUCUGAGCUCUAGAAAAAUGAAGCGCAAUUGGUAUAGGCAGGUUUUGAAGGUGGAGAAUGAAUAGAGCCACAGUUAACGGGCAACUGCAGCAUGUGGGAGGUCACAGAGUUACUCGAUUAUCCAAUUCUGUAAUGUAGGAAGCUCCUGUUUGUAGAUUGUCUGCUGAUCUAUGUUCGCUGGUCACAACAGUGUGGCCUACCCCUUCAGUACCAGAUUCCAGGAUUGAGACCAUGAUGCUUUGGGUCAAAAACCUGAAACUCCCUCCCUAACAGCACUGUUGGUGUUCCUACAGCACAUGGACUGCAGCGGUUCAAGAAGGCAGUUCACCACCACCUUCUCAAGAGUGAUUAGCGAUGGGCAAUAAAUGCUGGCCUAGCCAGCGAUGCCCACAUCCCGUGAAUGAAUCAAUUAAAUAAAUUAGAUAGUGUGAGUAUGUGGGCAAAUCCUGUGAUUGACACCAGGUAGCAUAACUCUUUCAAUUUCAUUCUAGGAUCAUUCACCCAGAGAGCCUAGUGUUAGGCUAGAAAGAUUCAGGCUCACAUACCCAUCUGUGUGGAGUUAAGUAACCUCGGUGCCCCUGGGCAGGACACUGGGGGAGAGAAAGUCAGUCUGUGUUCAUACUCUUGGUAUUAUCUUGUGAAUCCACACCUUGGAAUGUGAUUAGUAUUUAGACAUUGGACAAAAACACCACUGUGUUUGAGCUUUAAUACAUCAAGUGUUCAGAUACUGACAUUCCAGAUGUUGGUCAGACUGAGCAGUGUAUAUGCUUGGUCUUCUGGAUAUAUUAAGAGCCUUGUUCCCACCCCCACCCUCCCCAUUCUACCUGUCCCAAAUCCCUACAGAAACUGUAUAGCAGAACAAAGAAGACCUGAAACCAACAUCUGAGAGAGGCCCCGGAUCUCUCCAGUACUCGCUCCACACUGAAGGUCCAACACCACCCCCACCCCCAUCCCAACCCUCCCUUUCCCCUCCCCAACAGUCAGGGCUGCUCCCCUGUUACAACUGCACAAAAUGCUUAGGAAGGUCAGUCAGGAGGAUGCAAGGAACCGGAAGGGUUUAUAUAGGAAGACAGGAUGUACAGGAUCACAAAAGACAGUUGCAUCCAGGUGCACAAUCCCGUGUUUGAGACAUAGCCCUGAAAUUCCUUAGAACAAGAUCCCAUUAAUAUCAGUUGUCAGCACUGAAAGUGAAGUGGGGUCAGUGUGAGGGCAUUUAAUUGGCAAGUAGGUGGGUACUAGCAUCGGUAUGGAACCUGUUUGGAACCUGUAACAGGAAAUCCAGGGGCUUGCAUGCCCUUUUAUUGAGGCUGGAGCAAGGCACCUUUAAUGUUUUUUGGAGUGCCCUGGUGAUUUGUUUAAGUGCACAGCCCUUUUAAUUUUUUUUGCAUGGCCAGGCAUGCUCAAUAACUUAAAGGGGCUGACUUGUGCAUGGCCUUUGCAGGAUCUUUCAGGCUGCUGCACGCCCAUGCAGUUUAGAGGGAACUUCACACUGGAUACAGGCGUGCAGAUCACCAGGCAACAUUCCACUCGGCCCACUUGGUAAAGGCAAACAAAAACAAAUUUGAAAAUAAAAUCCACUUCUUCGGGAGUCUAA